CUAUUCAGUAAUUAAUUAACAGAAUGCUCAAUAACAAUAACAUUUGUGCUAAUCAGCUAAUAGAAGCUGAAGCUCAAAGUUGGGAUCACAUUUUGAGUUAUUUGCGUCCAUCAUGUAUAAAAUGUGCGAUUCAAUUAGGAAUUCCUGAUAUUCUUCACAAAAAUCCCAAUCCAAUAAUGUCUCUUUCUAACCUUAUUAUCGCUUUGCCAAAUUUGAAUCCUUCAAAAAUUACCUUUAUCCCGAUUCUAAUGAGAGUUUUAGUUGAUUUUGGCCUUUUCAACUACCACCACCAAGGAGACGGCUAUUCACUUACCCGUGUUGGCCGUCUCCUUGUUGAAAAUGACCUCUCUGGCAAGAGGUCAUUUUUCCUUUUCGCCCAACAUCCCGUUGUGCUGAACACAGCGGCUUACAUGGGUGAUUGGUUACGUGACGAUCUCUCUACUGCCUUUGAAACGGCAUAUGGGAAAUCCCAUUGGGAUUAUUGCGCUGAAGAGCCAAAGUUCAAUGGCAUAUUCAACGAUGCAAUGGCUAGUGAUUCGAGAUUGAUCUCUAAUUUGUUGAUUUCUGAUUGUUGUGUGGGUGUUUUUGAGGGAUUGACGUCAUUGGUGGACAUCGGAGGUGGCACCGGCGCUGUGGCGAUGGCUAUUGCCGGAGCUUUUCAGAGGUUGAAAUGCAUUGUGCUUGAUCUCCCUCACGUCAUAGGUGAUCGAAAGGGAUCUGGGAAUUUGGAGUUUGUUGCUGGGAGUAUGUUUGAUAAAAUUCCUCAUGCUAAUGCAAUCUUACUCAAGUGGAUUUUGCACAAUUGGAGUGAUGAGAAUUGUGUGAACUUACUGAAGAAAUGUAAAGAGUCAAUUCCGAGCAAAGAAAAUGGAGGAAAAGUGAUAAUCAUAGACAUGGUAAUGGAGGAUAAUUGUAGCAAUGAGCAACUUGUUCAAUCACAACACUUGAUGGACUUAUUAAUGAGGAUUACUCAUGCUUCCAAAGAGAGAACUAAAAAGGAAUGGGAAAAACUCUUCUUAGAUGCUGGUUUUAGUGGAUACAAAAUAAUUACUUCUCUUGGAUUAAGGUCUCUAAUUGAAAUUUAUCCCUAAAUAAGGAGUACAUGUUUUCCCUAUGUUACACAUUAUAUGUGUUUUAGGGAACAUGAUUAACCGACAAAAUUUGACAAGCACUUAGCUCCUUCUGAAGAAUGUCAACCUCAAUUAUCACUAUAUUAUCC